CUUGACUUGUUCAACCAAAGCCCAACCAUCCACGCCACCAUGAUGCUCGGACUCUUCGCGGUGUUCAAGACGGCCGUCGCCACGGCGGAGGCGGCCAGUAUGGACUUGGAGGGCGCGCUCAUCAGCCGCGUGCCUUCGGGCCGACGCCGCCGGCAGGAGUUCCUCGAGGCGGCGGGCCCGACGCUCCUUGUGCUGACGUUUCUGGAGGACUCCCUCCGAGUGGUGCAGCAGUGGGAGGGUCAGAUGGCCUUCAUGCAGAGCACGAUGCACUUGGGCUACUACCUCGGCGCCACCCUCCUCUUCCUAUCAAUGCUCGUGCAGACCGUUGGAUCGCUGGUCGUGCUCCACGCCGCGCUCGUGCCUUCGGCAAAGCUUGGCCUUGCCAAGCGCGCAACCUGGUCUCUGCUCGCGUUCACCAUCGUCCAGCCCUUCAUGUACGGAGAGCUGACCAACAUCGACUUCCUGUGCCGCUCACUCACGCUGGCGGGCGGCCUCCUGCUCUGUACCUUUGCGCAGAGUAAGCAACUAGCAUCGCGGCCAAGGGCCAGCCAGUGGGGCCUGCCACAGAGCAAUUUUGCGGCGGACAAGCUGCAGCUUUUCGGCCGGCUUAUGCUGACCCUCCUCUUCUUCUUUGAGGCCCUCGCGGGGUCCAACUCAGGCGGCCUCCACUCGCUCAUCGAGGCCCCCCGCCUGCUGCCCGCCGUGACCGCGGUGGCCCUGAUCGCCGCCGCCGUCCUAAUCGCCGUCGGGUUCAAGACUGAGUGGUCAGCCCUGCUCCUCGCCGGCGGCCUCGUGCUGCUCGAUCUCUUCUGGUACCCGUUCUGGUCCGCGCCAAGCUACCGCGCGGAUCACAUGCGCUACUACUUCUUCCAGACCUUGUCCGUAGCCGGCGGGUUGAUGUUGCUCGCGGUGCACGGCCCGGGUGCCAUCGCCCUCGAGAAGAGGGCGGCGGAGAAGGACUUUUGAGAUCUGAGGGAGCAACUCCAUGCGCCCGGUGGUCCAUGACUCUCUUCUCCCUUUCCUGUCCAGUGCUGCGUGUGGUGUGCCCACCCUCGUGCUCUCGCACUCCACCCCGCUGCCCAACUUGAGAAUCGUGCUUUGCAUACUCGAGGGGCACCCACGUGGUGUAGUCGCCCGCUCUGAUGUCACGUGGCAUGUGGCACGCUGCCUCUGCGCCCCCCCACACCCCACCCUUUCGCGAUCGUUUGUCGAGCAAACUGUGAUCGCGCGCCUUGCGAGAGCUCGUUCUUUCUGAGGAAGAAAGAACUCGUGCUAGAAAAGCGCGAAACACGUACGAC